CUGUUCUCUAUUUGCAGUCCCUUGUGAACUGUGCCGUCAAAAUGCCGUCUUACAAUAUUGUUGUCUUUGGGGGAGAUCAUUGCGGUCCUGAGGUUACCGCCGAGGCUGUCAAGAUCCUCCGUGUGAUCGAAAAGAGUCGUGACGAUAUCACUUUCAACCUGCAAGACCACUUGCUCGGUGGUUGCUCAAUUGAUGCCACAGGAUCUCCUCUUACCGAUCAAGCACUUGAAGCCGCGAAGAACGCUGACGCCGUGUUCCUUGGUGCCAUUGGUGGCCCAGAAUGGGGAACUGGUGCUGUCCGCCCUGAGCAGGGUAUUCUCAAGCUGCGCAAGGAAAUGGGCACUUUCGCCAACUUGCGACCAUGCAAUUUCGCCGCUCCCUCACUAGUAGAGAGCUCUCCCCUCCGGCCUGAGAUCUGCCGCGGCGUCGACUUCAACAUCAUCCGUGAAUUGACUGGCGGUAUCUACUUCGGUGAACGCAAGGAAGACGACGGCAGCGGCUUCGCCCUUGACACGGAACCCUACUCACGCGCUGAAAUUGAACGCAUCACCCGUCUUGGUGCCCACCUCGCCCUGCAACACAACCCUCCUCUUCCUGUGUGGAGCUUGGACAAGGCCAAUGUCCUUGCUACCAGCCGUCUCUGGCGUAAGACGGUUACCGAAAUCAUGGCGAAGGAGUUCCCUCAGCUUAAGCUUGAGCACCAGCUUAUCGACUCCGCUGCCAUGAUUAUGGUCAAGGACCCUCGCAAGCUGAAUGGUAUCGUCAUCACCAGCAACCUGUUCGGUGAUAUUAUAUCGGACGAGGCUAGCGUUAUCCCCGGAUCUUUGGGUCUGCUUCCCAGCGCUAGUCUGAGUAGCAUUCCUGAUGGAAAGGGCAAGGUUAACGGUAUUUACGAGCCCAUUCACGGCUCCGCGCCCGACAUUUCCGGAAAGGGCAUUGUUAACCCCGUCGCUGCAAUCCUCUCAGUCGGCCUGAUGAUGCAGUACUCUUUCGCCCUCUUCGAAGAGGCUCGCGCGGUUGCGACCGCCGUGAGCAACGUCAUCGAGGCCGGUGUCCGCACUGGUGACAUUGGCGGCAAAGCUUCCACCAAGGAAGUUGGUGAUGCUGUUGCUGCUGAGCUGGAGAAGCUUCUCAAGAAAUAAAUGAUUGCGCCAAGGGUGUGUAAAGACGCUACAUAAUGAAAAGAUUGACUGGUCGAAAAAAGUACUUGUCAUAUGUGGCAUUAAACAUGCCAAAUGAAAUAACGAACGACUUAAAUAGAAUACCAUCA